UGGUCACGUGUCAAUCCUCUCUUUGCAAAUCGUUCUCAAAUGGAAAGAGAAACGUUUUCUGAGUUGUUGAUGACUGUGGGGCACGUCAGCGGUGCUAAAGCUAUCGAAAAAUUUUUAAAUGGAGAAUGGGAUGAAAUGUCAUUAACAAACAGAAUUUAUCUACUUGUCAUCGGUCUGCAGCAAAUGAAAAAACCCGGAUGUGAUCUCAGUGACUGCGAGAAAGCGUACGAAGUGUGUGAUAAGCUGUACACAUUGUUAUGCAGCAGUGAUGACGUCAGAAAUGACGUCAGAAUUGUAACAAUUGUAGCUGAAGCGUUGGUUGCGUGUGGGUCAUUAAAUAAAUCCGCAGCACAGAAGAUCGUCGAUUGGAUCAAAUUGAGUAUCGACGUAUACGGCACCGGAAACGAAUCCGCAGACUGUGAAACGUGCACACUUGAUAUGAAAACGAGUCUGAGACUGCUGUCCGUUGCUCUUGAUUGUAAAGAUUGUGAUGUUAUUGAUGAUGCUCGAUGCAUCGGGCUGUUUCGUUGUGUCAUUGAAUUUGUUGUCAAUGGAAAACACUUGCUUUCCGAUCGGCUGAAAGCUUUGCACGUUGUGCCACAAUUUGUCUCGACGCGGUCGACUCAGAUCACGUCAUUUGUAGAAAUUAUUUGGAAAUCUAUCGAAACUAGUGAUGUAGAUAUGCUGUUUUACUUGUUGUGUUUUCUUGCCGACAUGUUGCUGCAAUCGCAUUCAUCGAUGUCUACCGUUGUUCUUCAGUCAAAUACGUUUUGGUUGCUGGUGUGUCGAGGUCUUGCGAGUGGAGUGUCACUCGAACGCAAGCAGGCACUGUAUGUGCUACAGAGGAUUAUUGCAUGUUAUAGAUCAGGAACAAAACUGUUGGGAGACUCGACUUACUGUGACGUCUUUUGGUGGGAUGAGAAAGAAAAGAGCCUACUGCAGACCGUCUGGCAGGAGUUCUUUCUUGUUUAUGAGAUCUUGCAACAGAAGCAGGUUCAUAUUGUGAAGCCUGCACUUCCAAGAAUUCAUAAGCUGGUGCUAUAUACAGGAUUAAUGGCACCUAAAGUCGGUCGUCCUGUACUAGACAUGUGUUGGCUUGGUGUGAUCAUGACGUGUAUGUUCAAGCACGACUCAAUAACUAUCGUCAAGUUGUGUGUACUCGAGUGUCUCCACAUUGAUCUCACUAAAUGCCCACUUCUCUUUGGUAAAGGUUUAGAGAUGUUGUGCGGUCCCCUAUUAGACAUUCUGUGUGAUCAUUCAGUAUACACACGUCCACUGGAUGAAAUGUUGCCCGGCACACUACCACCAGUCGCUGAAUGUGUCGUAUCAUUUUUCCAACGUUGUGAGUCAGUUCUUGGUGACAAGAUGGAAGAUUUUCUUCCUCGGCUGGUCUCAGCGAUAGCUACUAAAGACAUCCGGACAGCUACAUCACUCGUGUUUUUAUUUCACGCUCUCGAUCAGAUUUCAUCACAUCCUUGUUGGACAGACAACGUAUUGACAGAUCUGAGACUGAUUGCUGUGAAGUUGCUUGAAGUUGCACAGUUGAUCCAGCGCAGUGCUGCUCAGUGUAUGUUACUUAGAGUGACAAUGAAACACACGAAACCAGGCGUCUCUUGGCGUUCUGUUGCUCUGCUGCUUGCUGCAGUAGAACGUGACGUGAGCUUGACGAGAGACAACGCAAUAUGGAGAGAGCUCUGCGUGUGGAUUCCGACUGUUGUCUUGUUUUCACCCAAUGACAAUAGUCUUCAUGUCGGUGUUCUUGAAGACGUAAAACAGGAAGUACAUCAGUGUGUGUUGGAAGACGUCAAACCAGAAGUAUCUACCCUAAUGCGACUUGACACGAAAUGUUUAGCCAGAUUUGUUGUUCUGAUUGCUGACACUGAAAAGAUCAAUCCUGAGUUGGUUUUUUCUCUAAAAGGCAAAUCAUUGUCUGUGCUUGUUGCCACGUUACGGCCAAUGUGUGAAACUUUAGAGGGAAUUAACAGUCGAGCGUACCUCUCGCAUGAACAAGCCAGAGUUGCACUUGCUCUGUUGGUUGCUGUUGCUGAUGAGUUACUGCCUGCGGGACGAAUUCCAAUGAGUGGCUCUGGAGAUGCGACACUUUUAGAGUUUUCUCGAAACGUUUUGGCCUGUUGUGAAGAGAUAGUGGGAUUUGUGCAAAGAAUGCUGUUCUCAGUGACGAAGAUGUCAGACACGAGUUCGUCCUCACUCUACCAUUCAGUUCUUCAAAUCCUAUGGCUGUCUUCUUCACUAGAAUGCACCAACAUAUCUAGAACUGCUGUCACUCAUUUAAAUUCAUUUACAGCAGCGUGUAUCACAACUCUACAACAAGACGAUCAAGAACACAAGUUUAUAACCCCAAAAAAAGCUGUCUGUCUUCCUGCUCUUUCCAUCUUUAUCAGGACUGUGUUAACACUAACAGCUGGCAACCACCACCAAUGCAAUUAUCUGAUUUCCCCGCCAUCUGUUCUUGCCUUAGUGCUAGAGUAUGUGAGCAAUUUUGACUUGUCAAUGGUGUUUGAAAAGCCAUUAAUACAAGCAGAUUGUAACACUGAUGUCAGCAGUGGCGGCAGCUAUCGUUGGGGUUGUGCACUGGCAGAUCAUGUGUCUGCAUUAUGGACGUGCCUAGAAGCCUGCUUUGUUCUUUCAGCUGUGAAUGACACUCGUGGCUUGAGUGAUCAGUUUGUUGAUCGAGUAUUGAGUGGUAGCAAGUUGACGUUAGAGAAUUAUGUUGGUAUUCUUGAUACGAGUCUUGCUGCAUUGGAAUGUGUGAAAGGCCCGGCGGUGGUUGUUGUGAUGAAUGUGAUAGAAGCUCUAAUCCCAAAGGUGUGGCAUGACAACUCUUUACAAUGCGUUCAAGCUUUACUUGCAGCUCGUAACGCGACUAUUGAAAACUGGAGAGAUCACAUGACGUUUUGGCCUAUUCUUGAUGCGUACGUCAAGUUGGCAUUUCAACCAUUUUUGCUUUUUCAACAAGCAGAGUUGUCCAUACAUGAGACACUACGAGAGUUAUCGUUUGAACUUGUUAGCCUUGGAGAGUCGCGUCUUGGUGUUUUUAACAUUUUUGUUGCUUAUUGUUAUCAAUGUUGGUCGCAAGGACUAACCCGUCAAGACAGUCAGACAGUGAUAGACAGCAUUGUAACCCAUCUGGAUCUCAUGCAAGAGGGAUGUCUGUUUGGGCCACUACACAAACGUGGAUUGAAAUCAAUCAGAUAUGACACUGAUAUGAGAUCAUUUUUGCAAACUCUUGGCAACAAUUUUCCUACAAAUCAACUUGUGGACAGGAGUGACGCCUUUGUUCGUGUUCACUGCAUCACGUUGCUACUCAAGCUAUUAGUUACACAUCGCCAAACCGAAAAUAUCAUCUGGAAGGUCAUUGAGUUCCUCAUUCAGAAGGAUGAAGAAAUAUCUUGUUCAAAGCCUCUCUACCAUGGAAACACGUUUGAGCAUCGAAUGAAACACAGACUGUGGGAGGUUGUUUUACUGUUACAAAGUGGUUGCUCAGAUGAGUGCCGUGUUGUUUGGCUUGCGGAGUGUGCAUUUGAGUCACUUGUGUUUGACAAUCAGCCAUCUGUACGUGUGAUGAUUGAGUGUCUGAUUGUUAGAUUGCUAUUGCAGCACUCGGACAGACUCAUUGAUCUGCUCUGGUCACAUCUGGAAAAGGAUCACGAAAGGAGGAUAGGAUUACUAGCAUCAUUAAUGAACAUUGUAACAUUAACAGGAUGCCAUUUACCUUCGUGUCAACAGAAGGUUACUUUCUUUUCUCGUGCUCUUUCUUCAGUCUUGCCGUGGACUCAGACACAUCAUUUUUCCGUUCGUGUUCACGCUCAGGCUGCAUUGCACAAGAUGUGGUCACAUUGCGAGGAGCAUCAUAUUGACGAGAUUCUGGAGCAGCAUUCUAUAGUUGCCAACUGUGUUCGUUUCGGCGGAUUGAGCAGUGAUGCAGCGAAGCACAGGCAACGUUUGCUGGACAAUUUUAUUUACUCAGGAUUACAUCCCAUGGAGGAUUUUUCUGUAGAGUUUCUAUUUCAUACUCUUCCUCGUCUUAGUGGCAUUACUGGAGAAGAGUGGAUUAGCCCUUGUACGUUUCUGAAAGUUGACAAUGUCUUCUGGACUAGUCAAGCUUCUCUUCUCGUCAUGCUUCCUGAGCACAGCAGAUUGCAUGAUUGCAAACCUGGUUUAUGGGUGUCUGCUGACAAGAAGCAGACAAUUACUGAGAAUAUGCCAAAUGUAGAUUGCUAUAAUCCAAAUAAAGAGGCAGAAGGAUUGACUCUACGUAGUGUGUGUAAUCUCCAGAAGAAGAUUAUGCCGGGGGAAUUGCUUUCCAAUGUUGCCUCUGCUAACAAGUCUGUAAGGCAUGUUGUUGGUGAGGAGAUACAUCAUGAUACCAUUGUGAAUGGAGAAGAGUGUAGCUUAGUGCUUGUAGCCUCUCUUAUUGACAAAGCUCCAAAUCUUGGAGGACUGUGUCGGACGUGUGAGGUGUUUGCUGUGAAGACAUUGGUGCUGGGAAAUACAAAGAUUUUAGAUGAUCGCAUGUUCCAGUCGCUGAGUGUAACAGCCGAGAAGUGGCUCGAUAUUUUAGAGGUACGACCAGUUGAUCUCCAGGCAUAUUUGCAAUCAAUGAGACGGCGUGGAUACAGUCUAAUUGGCAUCGAGCAAACAGCAAAUAGCAAAUGCCUUACAGAAUACAACUUUCCACGAAGAUCACUUUUACUUCUCGGAAACGAGCGUGAGGGGAUUCCUGCCGAAUACCUGGCCCUUCUUGAUGAGUGUGUUGAAAUCCCACAAUUGGGAAUAAUCAGGUCACUGAAUGUGCAUGUCAGUGGGGCACUCUUAGUGUGGGAAUACACUCAGCAGUGGAGGAAACUGGGAGGUGGUUGUGAACAAAAUGAGUCAACACACCAGUAAUAAGAACUACGUACUCAGCACGACAUUAUACUUCUAAUAAAUUUCUAAUAUUAUGAAUUAUAUAUUUUAAGCUGAGUCACUG